AGCGGAAGUGUCGGUGGCCGGCGAGUAAGAAGGGCUUAUUCCUGGAGUGGACAUGGCGGCGCUUGCUCCGCUGCCCCCGCUGCCCCCGCUGCCCCCACAGUUUAAGAGCAUACAGCAUCAUCUGAGGACGGCUCAGGAGCAUGACAAGCGGGACCCUGUGGUGGCCUAUUACUGUCGUUUGUAUGCGAUGCAAACGGGAAUGAAGAUUGAUAGUAAAACUCCUGAAUGUCGUAAAUUUUUAUCAAAGCUAAUGGAUCAGUUAGAAGCUCUUAAGAAACAGUUGGGUGAUAAUGAAGCUGUUACUCAAGAAAUAGUUGGUUCUGCCCAUUUGGAGAAUUAUGCUUUGAAAAUGUUUUUGUAUGCAGAUAAUGAAGAUCGUGCUGGGCGAUUUCACAAAAACAUGAUCAAGUCCUUCUAUACUGCAAGUCUUUUAAUAGAUGUCAUAACAGUGUUUGGAGAACUCACUGAUGAAAAUGUGAAACACAGAAAGUAUGCAAGGUGGAAGGCAACAUAUAUUCACAAUUGUUUAAAGAAUGGAGAGACUCCUCAAGCAGGGCCUGUUGGGAUUGAAGAAGAUAAUGAUGUUGAGGAAAAUGAAGAUGCUGGAGCAGCCUGUCCGCCCACUCAGCCACCUCAGCCGUCAUCUUCAACGUAUGACCCAAGCAACAUGCCAUCAAGCAGCUAUACUGGAAUACAGAUUCCUCCCGGUGCCCACGCUCCAGCUAAUACCCCAGCAGAAGUGCCUCAUAGCACAGGUGUAACAAGUAACACUAUCCAGCCUACUCCACAGACUAUUCCGGCCAUUGAUCCUGCACUUUUCAAUACAGUUUCCCAGGGAGAUAUCCGACUAACACCAGAGGACUUUGCUAGAGCUCAGAAAUACUGCAAAUACGCUGGCAGUGCUUUGCAGUAUGAAGAUGUCAGCACUGCAGUGCAGAAUCUACAGAAGGCCCUCAAGUUACUGACUACAGGCAGAGAAUGAAGCCUUUGUACAACAUCCAUGCAUUUUUGGCUUAAAGAACUAACAGUCCACUACUCUAUCUUCAGCCUAUCAGGAGCAUAUUUUAAGGAAGACUUCAGUUCCAUUGACUAUAACAAUGGAAUCUGUGUCUGUGUAUCAGAUUCCUGUUGAAGCAUUCAUCAGCAGCCUCAACCAGUUUUCAUUGUCCAUUUAGUGGAUUCAGUAGUCUCUGGGUAGAUAGGGCUGAUGUGAGCAAGGUCCUAAAAAUGCCCAUUUGAACCCUGCUUGUUCAAAAAAUGAAAACACACUUCUAUAAAAUGUAUUGGGAAUUAGCUUUGUAUCUUAAUCUACAUAAAUUAAGGAAUUUUUUAAACUAUAAUUUGGACAAACAGACCACAUUACUUUGCUAUAAAAUUCUAAAUUUAACUUUUAAUAAAGAUUGCCAGAAUAUUCUAGAGAUGUUUUUGUUUUCCUCAGGACUUCUGAAACAGAUACGAACAUCCUAAACUGUUAGUUGAAUCUGAAAGAGAUUAUGUUCAAGUUUCAAUUUAUAUUCAUGUUAAAUAUAGCUACAUUAAAAGUUAAAAUGUUCAUGGAAGGAAAUGUAAUAAGGUAAAGAGGUAGAAUCAGUUUUAGACGUAAGAGUAAUGUUGGUUGCUCAACUGUUUUCCCUUAUUGACGCUUAAGGUGAAUUGGUAUUUGCUUCCUAAGCAGUUUGACUGCAUGUAUUAGAGAAUGAAAACAAGACAUUUGUAAUAAUGCCUGGAAACUUGGUGCUUUGAGUUAAGGUUCUCCUCUGCUGCUAUGGAAUGGAUUCCAUAGAGUGUAUAGUUAUGAAUGAUGCAGAAGAUUAUAAAAACAUAGACUCUCAGUUGUUAAGUUUAUAAGUUAUGUGGGAAUUAUGGACUUACUAUGUCACCUGCAUUUGUUGCUGUUUAAAAAAUAAAUACAAGGAUUCUUUUAACUAA